AUGUCUUUCAACAACAGCUACGGCGACCAAUUCCAAGGCCAGCCCCAGGGCGACAUGAACAACCAGACCCCGCAGCCCGGCGACAUGGGUCAGCCCAUGGACGCUUCCGGCAACGGCUUCCCACCCCAGGGCAACAUGGGCCCGCCAGGCAGCGCUGGUGGUGACGGCCAAGGCCAGGGUGCGGGCAAGACGACUCUCUGGAUGGGUGAACUCGAGCCCUGGAUCGACGAGAACUUCGUGCGCAGCAUCUGGUACAACAUGGGCGAGACUGUCAACGUCAAGAUGAUCCGCGACAAGUUCUCCGGCAAUGCUGGAUAUUGCUUCGUCGACUUCGCGAGCCCUGAUGCUGCGUCCAAGGCCCUUAGCCUCAACGGCCAACUGAUCCCCAACUCCAACCGCCCGUUCAAGCUGAACUGGGCCUCUGGCGGUGGUCUUGCUGACAGGAGCCGCGAUGAGCGUGGUCCCGAAUUCAGCAUCUUCGUCGGAGACUUGGGCCCCGAGGUCACCGAGUUCGUCCUCGUACAACUCUUCCAGAACAAGUACCAGUCCACCAAGUCCGCCAAGAUCAUGUCCGACCCCAUUAGUGGUAUGUCGCGCGGCUACGGGUUUGUCCGGUUCGCUAGCGAGGAGGACCAGCAAAAGGCCCUCACUGAGAUGCAAGGCGUCUACUGCGGCAACCGCCCCAUGCGUAUCUCCACCGCCACACCCAAGAACAAGAGCGGUGGUCCCGGAGGUCCCGGCGGAAUGGGCGGCAUGCCUCAAGGCGGCGGCGGCCCCGGCAUGGGCAUGUACUCUAUGGGCGCUCCUCCCAUGGGUGGCUACUACGGUGCACCCCAGCCGAUGAACCAGUUUACUGACCCGAACAACACCACUGUCUUCGUCGGCGGUCUGUCCGGCUACGUCACCGAGGACGAGCUCCGCUCCUUCUUCCAGGGCUUUGGCGAGAUUACAUACGUCAAGAUUCCCCCAGGCAAGGGUUGCGGCUUCGUUCAGUUCGUUCAGCGCCACGCUGCCGAGAUGGCUAUCAACCAAAUGCAAGGCUACCCCAUCGGUAACUCUCGCGUCCGUCUUAGCUGGGGUAGGUCCCAGAACAACUCCGGUCCAGCCGGCACCCCUUACCGUCCUGCACCACCUCCACCAGUUCCCUUCGGCCCAGGCAUGGGUAUGCCCCCGCAACACCCCUACGGCGGUGGCGGUGGCUACGGCCCGAUGAUGAAGUGCCUUGUAAUCUUUCCUUUCAACUUUCCCGUCCAGGCUGGCCAGCCUUCUCCUUACCCGCCGUCGAUGAACGCAAGCCUCGGUGGUCAGCGACCCGGCAGCCAGAACGCUCCUACGGGCAACCCUGCCGGCCAGAACGGCACUCCCACGUUCAACAACUACCGUUUCACCCCCACCCAGCCCAACGGCCCCAACAGCCCCGGCUUCGGCUCGCCCGACUUUGGCGGUGCCUUCUCGCAGCAAUUCCCUCCACCGCAGUAA